GAGGAAAAAGAGACAGAGCGUGGAUAUAAAAGAAUAAUUAAACGAAUAAUGAAUAACUUGAUAACAAUUCGUGAUAUUUUUUCAAUGUUGCUUCCUCAUUGUCAGAUUAUUUUGAAACAUUUUUACGUAUACGUAUAUCAUAUGUGUAUAUGUGUAAAUACUUUGUAUUAUAACGUUGUGUAGGUAUGUUUAAUUCAACUGCGGCGCGCGCGUCAGGCGUCAGGCUGUGUUUUGGCAUAGCUAGACUAACCUGUCUCCUGUCUCGGCACAGGAUGGUGAGGGAAAUGAUAAAAGUUUGUUGUUAAAAUGUCUAAACGGAAUAGCGACUAUGUGGUUACGGAGCAUCGCGAUUUACAGGCGAACAGCAUGGCUGUGGACGCGACCGGCAACUACGUUUUGUUAGCCGGACGCAGAUAUUUGGCAGUAAAACAUUUGGAUGAGGAUGUGAAUGCGGUGAAAAAGUUCCAGCGACAGAGCAAAUAUGAGGUUGGCUCUGCUGAAUGGAACCCAUCUGAUCUAAAUUGUCAUUUGUGCGCAAUUUCUAGCAAUACACGAAUUGAGAUAUUGACUUUUAAUGGAGCAGGAGGAUAUGAAUUGCAAACCAUGCAGAGCCUGAAAGCUCACACUCGUGUGGUUAGCGAUCUAAACUGGCAUCCCAAAGAACCAGAUAUCAUUGCCUCUUGCAGUAUUGACACAUUUAUACAUAUCUGGGACAUACGGGAUCAGAGAAAGCCAUGUUUGUCUCUGUCUGCAGUUGUGGGAUCAUCCCAAGUACGUUGGAAUCCACUAUUAUCGUAUACUUUAGCCACAGCACACGAUGGAGAUGUUAAGAUAUGGGAUCAGCGAAAAGCAACAAGUCCUGUGCAAUAUAUAACAGCCCAUUUGACCAAAAUACACGGUUUAGAUUGGUGUCCCUUUCAACAAAAUCAAUUGGCAACAUCGAGUCAAGAUUGCACCGUCAAGAUCUUCGACAUUGCCAAUCCGCGCAGGGCCGAGAAUAUCUUGACAACGAAUUCUCCUGUGUGGAGAGCAAGAUAUACGCCUUUCGGGGAAGGUUUAGUGACAAUAGUGGUACCACAGCUGCGUCGUGGAGAAAACAGUCUUUUGCUAUGGAACACGUCGAAUCUCAGUGCACCAAUUUACACAUUUGUAGGCCACACAGAUGUUGUGCUCGAAUUUCAAUGGCGACAUCUGAAAUUAGAAAACAGCGAAUUCGAACUCGUUACAUGGUCCAAGGAUCAGUGUCUAAGGAUUUUUAAAAUUAAUCCCUUUAUAAAGAAAUUAUGCAGUAAUGGUAUUGACGAUGGUCUGUCAGUUUACAGCCAGUAUUCUGAGGAAAACAAUCUAAGAACUCUGCAAUCCGUUCAAGAAUUGCAACUUAAUGCUUCCCAGAGUGAACCUGAGAUAAAUUACAUAACAAAUAAAGUGAACGAGCCUGUGGCACAAUCUGAAACGAUCAAUUUUACAGACAAUUCUAAGAAAAUCUCGUCUCCCACUCAACCAAAGAGUUUGCAGCAGGAGUUUUCCCUAAUAAAUAUGAAUAUACCAAAUAUAGAGGUAAAUGCAAUGGACGCGACGGAGAGGAGUUGUACCAUAACCGCUUGUACAAAGAAUUACAAUGUAAUAUUAAAAGUAAAUUUUCCUGUGAAUUAUCCAUGCAGCGCGCAGCCUACCUUUCAAUUUUGUCCCGGCACGUCGAUCGACAAUACGAUGAUGACCAAACUGCUGAAAGUUCUCACGCAAACCGCUCAGCAUCGUGUCAGGAAGAACAGAUCGUGCUUGGAACCAUGUCUUCGGCAGCUAAUUACAACUUUAGAACAAAUGUGUAAGAAAGACGAAGAUGAGGGCGGUCACUUGGCGUAUCACAUGCAGGAUAACAGCAACUUUCUGAACUCGUCCAAUAUCUGUGCGAAUUAUCACGAUUCUUAUAUACCGUUUCCUAGAACGUCUGGCGCCAAGUUUUCCUGCGUAGGUAUCCUCGUUUGUUUCGGUCGUCCCUCCUACACGAGAAAAUCGUUGUUGAAACCGGGAGAUGCAACGCCCAGGGCAUUGUCCGCUUUGGACAAUAGCAUCGGUAAUAGCGAAUCUUUUAUGCAUAUGUACCGAAGUACUUACGUGCCAACCAACGACAAUAUGUCUAUCAGCUCGUAUUACUUCCAAGAUCGGCAGAAAGAUCUCCGACGUGGAUUGCAUGGAACAGGUAGAAUGCACGAUCGAUCGUACUUCAAGAAUUAUCACCCGAUGGUUAUGAUAUAUGACAUAUCGUCGUUAUUCUUUGUUAAUAAGGAACUCGCCGAGAAAUAUACAAUCAAUACUGCUGACAUUCCCGCCAUGUGUCAGUAUAACGCGAACGUGGCUGCUACAUUGGAACGGUCUGAUUUAGUUCAAACUUGGUGUUUAGCUGGUCUGAUCAUUCCGCAGCCACCUUCCAAUACCGAGCAUAACUCUUGCCAAUCGAGCCAAUCAUCUGAUAUUGACGCUCCAUGGCCUUUACAUCCUUGGGGUCAACAUUUGAUUCAUUCUCUAAUACAACAUUAUGCUAAUCAGUCUGAUAUUCAAAUGGCCGGUAUGCUGAGUUGCGCACUUAGCUACCGAUCGGAGAACACACAUCCUGCACAAACCAGGCUGACUAGCAAAUCCGUGAACGUCAGUAGGCUUUCCACAGGAAAAUGGUGGUUAAAGCCUGGCGGUUCGCCUUAUCAUACGAUCCAUCUAGCAGAUACCACAAUGGAGGGGUGGAAUUUUCAAAAUCUUCAGAAACAACAUCGGUCUAACUCGUGGUCGGAGUCGCUCGACGAUUUGAAAGUCAUUCAAGACACGUUUGGGGAUUCAGCGAAAAAUAUUAACAGGUUGUUCGAUGAGAAAUAUACGGCACUGUACGACAGUUACAAGAAAUCAUAUGCUGAAGCAUUGCACAGAUGGGAAUUAUUGGAUGGCCGGGCACAGGUAUUGAAACAUUUAAGCGCGUCCCCGUUUGAUGUGCAAAAGGGCGUCGAGUUGCAAAACGAGUGUCGUCUCUGCAGUAAGAUCAGUCAAGGUCCGCAAUGCGCGAACUGCAAGGGACUGAGCUUUCAAUGUAUCGUGUGUCACGUUACAGUCAGAGGUGCGAGUAAUUUCUGCAUGUUUUGCGGCCAUGGUGGACAUAUUGAGCAUUUAGCUGCGUGGUUUACUAAAGAGACGGUAUGCCCCACGGGCUGCGGUUGUCAUUGCCUGCAGGAAAACUCAAUGCUAUUUAAAAUAUAGGUAAUGUAGAUGAAAUUGUACAUAAUCAUGAUCUGUGAUAGUUAUUGUUAUGAAAAAAAGAAUACAUUUUCUUUUGUUCUACA